ACAAACACACCACAAACACACCACAAACACACCACGCAUACAGCGCAGGAUUCCAAUAGCUCGAGACGGUGGUUGUCUCUCGCCAUCACACCACACCACACACCUUGAUUCCCGUCUCUCUUCUCUCUUCUUCUUGCUGCUGUUUGUGCACACACGCGCGCGCGAAGAGCAGCGAAAGCGGUGGCGAUUUAUUUCACCGCCAACCACCCAAUACAGCAACACACACAACAACAGCACAGCAAUACGCACGUCCUUCAUCACCUUCGGCAAGCGGUGGAGGAGGAGUACACGCCACGCCACAGCAUAGCACAGCACAGCAGGCACACAAAGAGCGUUCGUUGAGUGCUGGUGUUUGGCAAGAUGAUGCUGUCUGCAACCAGCACGCGCUGGACCGGCAGCGGUCGCCUGAGCCACAGGAUGGACACGCGGUCUCGGCUGAACCUCUCUGGCAUCGACGAUGCCACCAAGACAGCGCCAUGGUACUUGGGCGAAGCCGUCCACAGGCAGGCUGUCAUCGCCCUCAACGGCCUUCACACAGGCGCCUUUGUUGUCCGCGCCUCACACUCCAUCCCGGGAGCACACAUCCUCUCGUUCAUUGACAACAACGGGCAGAUUCGCAACGAAGUCAUCAAGCUCGGUUCACGCGGGCUGCGCCUCAAACGAUCCAAGGUUGCCUUUCCCUUCAUGUCAGAGCUCAUCGCCUUCUACAGCGAUGAAGCGAACCACAGCGUGUCCACGCUGCCGUGCGUCCUGAAACCAGCCGCCAUCUCCAGCGCGCGGAAGGACGCUGCGCUUGCGACGUCAGACGUGGACGACGAUGACUUUGGUCAUGCCGCAAUGCCCGGCAAACUGCCAACACCAACCUCACAGCAACAGCAGCAGCAACAGCAGCAAGCGUCACUGCUGCAGGAAUACGGCGAGAGCGACGAUCUGCAGGCGUUUCUCUCACACGAGCAGAGCAAGCGCCUGCCACACCCUCAACAGCAACAGCAACAGCAACACUUGAAGGCCGGGCAUGGCCGUGGUCGUGGUGGUGGUGGUGGUGAUGUGAGCGGGCGAAGGACGCCAUCUGCCCCUCACGCCGGCACUGCAAUCCGCAGCGACGACGGCAAAGUCCUCUACGUCUUUGAUGUGAUUGCGCCCGUCCGCCGCGCCACAGAGCCCGAACUCGCUUCAAGCAAGGGCAAGUGGCCCACACCACCUCACCUGAAGAAGGCAGCCACGUCCACCUCGUUUGCGCACAUGACAUCGCUUGAUCUGAUUGAGGACGACGAUGAGCGACGUGCCCUCGAUGCUCUGCGCUCCCGCCCAACGCGCGCCGUGCCCUCCCUCACCCACCAACACUGGAUUGAUGACAACAUCACUAACUGGGUGUUUGACGAGCCCAUCGCCGAGUGGACCGCACGGGAUGUGCAAGAGUGGCUGCACUCGAUUGACUGCAAAGAGGCGUCGCGGGCGUUUAAGCGGCGCGGGAUUGACGGCCAAGCGUUCAGCACCAUGACCCCGCACGAUAUCCAGGCCCUCGGCAUCAGCCGGGACCAGAGCGAGGAGAUAUACAACCACAUGCAGGCGCUCAUCGUUCAGCCAGACCUCCUCGCCAGCCAAUUCAGCGUCCCAGGGGAGCUGUCGCGCACGUCGUCACGGUCGUCGGUGGCGCCGGCCCGCGGGUCCAAGCGCGCCCCCGCCGCACCCGUGGUCACGUGGGACAAGUUUGCUGUCCGCAUGUGGCUCCUGUACGAUGCCGGCUACGACAACCACCUCGCUUCCAUCUUUCUGCGCAUGGAUAUCGACGGCCCUGCGCUGCUGGCGAUGACAGACUCGUCUCUGCGCGAUCUCGGCAUUGAACACGCGAACGACCGUGCAGCCAUUCUCGACAGCAUUGCAGAGCUGGCCAUGCGCGACCAAAUGCGCGUGUAUUCUGCAUCUCGCCCCGCAAACAUUCGCAAGUGGAGCAGCAGCCACGUUGCCGCGUUCCUGGAGGAGAAGGGCUUUGGUGCGUAUGUCCCCGCCUUCCGCGAGCAGCACGUCAUGGGCGCUGCGCUGGCGGCGAUGAACCACGACGCCCUGGCCGCCCUCGGUGUCACGGAGCCCGCUAAGCGCGACCGCCUGCUUGCACUUGUGCAGUUGCAGCUGCAGAAGAGCAGCAGUGGCGGCGCCUUCCCCUUCUACGACCAGGCGGAUGCAGGCAUGGUCUCUGAUCGGCCCGUGCCGGAGUGGAGCGCAGCUGAUGUCGAGCGCUGGCUGAAGCAGAACAACCUGCAGAGCGUCGCUUCAAGCUUCACUGCAAACGACAUUGAUGGCCAGACGCUGCUGCAGAUGAGCCGCGAUGACAUGCGGCGGAUGGGUGUGCGCAAGGAAAACGACCUUCUUCGCCUCGCGGAGAAGAUUGAGCAGCUCCGCGCCGAGUUGCGCGUGCUCGCCGACCGCCCAGGCCGCAUGACGGCCGAGGAACAAGACUCGCUCGCACAGUAUGUGGCGGACGUCGUCGCCUCGCGGCUGCAACUGUCGCGCAGUGGUGAUGGUGAUGGUGAUGGUGAUGGCCGCGCGUUUGGCGCACACGCAUACGACGACAGCGACGACGACGAUGACAUCUUCUGGGAGCCCGAAACCGUCGUCCUUGUCAAGGACCCCGACGAGCCCGGCUUUGGCUUCCGCAUUGGUGGCGGCCCUGGCCACGACGGCAGAGACCAGCCCACCAUCAUCAACAUCACGCAGCACUCACCAGCUGACGGCCGCCUUAAGGUUGGGGAUGUGCUGAUGGCUGCCAACGGGCGCAGUCUUGAGGACGGCGAUGUCUCCGAUGUCAAGCGUCUCAUCUCCCGCGCACGCGACCAGCUCACGCUCCAGGUGCUGCGCCCGUCACGUCUUCCUCGCCGCGUUCGCCACCUCCAGCGCAGCAGCAGCAGAGGUAGCCGCUACAGCGACAUGACUGCCGCCACCACCAGGACUGCAACAACACACAAGGCGACGCCCGUGCCCAGUGCAUCGCAGUCGCGUGCGCGUGUGUUCACAGCGACGGGCAGCGGCUCGGGUGUGUUCCUCGACCGCCACGACGAUGAUGACGCAAGCGAAGGCGAUUUCCGCUUCCACCAGCGCUCCGCCGCCACCAGCGCAGGCGACGACGGUAUGGGCGGUGGCGACAUGGACGGCGUGGGCGAGCGCGGACAAGCGGACCUGGUGUCCUCUUUCUACCGGACAGCAGCGGCGCUGCAGGGCACGGCGUACGGUGCCGACGAAAUGGUGCUGGACGAAGCAGCCGAAUUUGGCGCCGCCAGCGACACCAUGAACGGUUAUGCUGAUGGCGCUGAUGGUGCCGGUGUUGGUGCAGGUGCGGGCUCUCUCCGUCACCAGCUGACGGAAGAUGGUGAGGAGGCUGUCGACGUGGCCGAGUACACCCUGGCCAACGACACGAGCGGUAGUGCCCCGCGACCGGCAGUCGGGCUGCGCUCGGUCACGCACCAGUUCAACCCCACGCGCACGCCUGCACACGCCCGCGCAGGCACGCUCCUGUCCAACCGUUCGAGCACUGUAGGCGACGCCGCCUUUGCUUCUUCUGCUGCUGCACACACGUACGCGGCCGUGGAUGAGACACCGGAGUUUGUUCGUCGCCGCAGCACGCUUCGCCGCACAGGGAACCUCAACGUGGGCGAGGCAGGGGAGCCCGCUACCCCGGACAUGGAGUCGCUUGUGCGCCGCACCGAUAGCUUGCUGACUCAGCAGUCUUCGUUUGACCGCUCGCAGCGCCCGCGCGUGCGUCCAAACCACCUCGCCACCCCAGACAAGGGCCUCUCUCUUGACGUGACGCUCUCGCCAAUGUCGCAUGCCAACCCGCUCUCCUGGUCCGUCUCCAAGGUGUCUGCGUUCUUCCAGAGCGAAAACUGCCCUGAAGUGGCAAAGAAAUGCAAGAAGAACAAGAUUGCGGGCGCAUCGCUGCUGCGCACCAACCCACAGGACAUUGUGUCCAUGUGGGAGGUGGCCGACACGGCGGAGGCAGAGAGGGCUGCACAGCAGGUGGCGGCGCUGCAGGAGGCGUUUCCCUGCCCGCUCGCUGCCCGCUGGUCUGUUGCCGACGUCGGCGACUGGCUCGACCACAACGCCCUCGGACAGCUGAAGCGGCCGUUUGCGAAGAAGAAGAUUGACGGCGUGUCGCUGUGUCUCCUGCGCCAGGGCCAACUGGAGAGCCUUAAUGUCCCACCGAAUCUUCGCCACCCGCUCAUGUCUGCGCUGGCUGCUGUUCAGCACCGCACGGAGCCGGAGGAGACGGAAGCUGCGCAGUGGUCCCCACCGGAGGUCAUUGACUGCCUGGCCCACCACAACCUCUACAGCCCAAUUCCGGCCCUGCAGAAGAAGAAGAUGACUGGAUCGCAGCUGCUUGAGCUGACGCAGGCGUCGCUGUACAAUAUGGGCGUGCGCAACACGGAUGUGCAGACUGCCCUGCUGCACAUUGUGGGGCGUCUUCGUGAGAAGCAAGCCCUCUCGACACACGCCACGCCGCUGCUGCAGCCAAACAAGCGCGGCCCAGCGUUCUGGGACUCUGGCAGCGGGUUGCAGGAGUGGAGCACGCGUGCCGUGUGUGACUGGCUGGCGUACAACGGCCUGGGCGAACACUGCCGCCGCUUUCACGACGCCGAUGUCGACGGUGAACAGCUCGCAGCCAUUACCCAGCAGCGGCUGGAGUCGCUUGGUGUGGGCCCGGACAUGAGCGGCCGCGUGCUGGAUCUUGUCGACAUUGCCUCUGCGCGUCAGGCAGCUGCGUCCCCCACGACGGUUCCGCGCGGCAUGUGGACGUGGUCGCCGGAGGAGGUGCAGAUGUGGCUCAGCAGCAUCGGCAUGGGCCGCCACGCUUCCGCUUUCGCAGACAACGGCGUUGACGGCGCUGCUCUCGUCUUUGCAACAGAGGCCGACCUCAUACGCCAUGGCGUGACAGAGGCUGGCGAGCGGCGGGCAGUGCUGGACGGCGUCGAGGCCGAGCUCGUCAAGAACAGCUACCCGCUCAUCUUUGCCGCCACACACUGGGACCAGCAGCAGGUGGAGUCGUGGCUGAAGCGACACGAGCACGACAACCUGCUGCUGACAAUGCGGCACCAGGGGGUUGACGGCGAUGUUCUCCUCCACCUCAAGGCCGUUGAUCUCGUCAAGAUGGGCAUCCCGGCAUCCGCACACGACAAGCUCCUGACCAACAUCGACCACCUGCGGCGCGUGCUCAUGGGCGUGUCGCCGCGGCCGGAGCUGCCGCAGGAAUGGUCCAGCAUCACCGUUGCGGAGUGGCUCGCCGACCACAACCUCGGCGAGUUUUCGCAGCUGUGCCGGGAUUUGCACAUUGGCGGGCACCUGUUUACCCGCAUGACGCGUGAGGACCUCAACCACCUCGGCGUCACCUCCCAGGAGCAGCAGCCAGCAUUCUUCAAGGCCAAGGCGUCGCUGCGCAAGAACCGCCGCCUGAGCCACACCGUCUCCGCUGGCACCGAUCUCACCACGCCCGUCAAGGACACGGACAACUCAAAGGCUGCGGAUUGGACGCUGACGGACGUGAGCAAGUGGCUGACGCGCAUUCGUCUCGGAAAGUACAGGGCACUCUUCCAGUCCCACUCCAUCUCCGGACCAGCCCUCCUCCGCCUCACCCCAGAUGACCUGGACCGCAUGAACAUCCACGACGCCUCCCACCGCUCGCAGCUGCUGACACACGUUGCCAGGCUGCGCCGCGGUGCUCUGCCCGCGUUUGAUGAAGAGGAAGAGGGCGAGGAGGGGGCACAGGCAGACGCAAGCGAUGCCACCGCCACCUCUACCACCACCACCGCCUCCACAGCUGCACGCGAGCAUCAGCGGCGGGGCGGCAGCAUGUCGUCCACGAAGAGCGGUGUGCCGGGUGAUGAUGGGGUUGAGCGCGCGUGGUUCCAACCCGACGUGCCCGCUGGCCGCGCCACCCUUCGCCUCACCAGCGCAAGGCUUCCAAACGGGUCCUUCCUGGUUCACAUGGCGUCACAGCCCGGAUCAGCCUAUGGUCUCACGGUCGUCUCCAACGGGCGCGUGACGCAAUCUUCCAUUGUUGAGCGCGAUGGACGAUUUGCUCUUGAAUCCGCUGCGGAGGAAUUCACCUCCCUCGAUGACCUCGUUGCCUUCUACUCCAACCCGCCCCAGCUGGCGACGUCACCGCUGCCGUACCCGCUCGUCCCGCGCGGAUCAGACACACGCCGCCGCCCCAUCUCCUGGCAGCAGCGCAGCGUCAAGCGCCAGGAGCGCCCAACGUGGGACAGGCGGUUUGUCGGUGGCGGGUGCAGCCCUGCGCAGGCGCAGCAGCAGCUAGCAGGGCAAGCAGACGGCCACUUUCUCGUGGCCAUGAAGGAGGACGGGGGUGACACGCCUGUGUUGUACGUCGCGUACCAGGGCGCGGUGCUCUCGUUUGAGAUUCACGAGGCCGAGUCGGAGACGGAUGGCACCAUCGGCUAUGCCCUCGAGGCGCAGCCAGAUGUUGUGCAUCGCACCAUGACGGAGCUCGUCGGUGCGCUGAGGCAGCAGCGCGGGCCACUGCCUGUCGAGUUGCAUGGCAGCGAUGUGAGCGAUGACAUCAAGCACACCAUCACGGAGCGGAAGCGGGCCGAGGAGCCGUGGUGCUGGUGGCAGAUUGACACGCCAAAGGCCCAAGCAGAGGCGCUGCUCAGCAACAAGCAGACGGGCGCGUUUGUGAUCUACCGCCACGCCACGGAGCCCUCGAGCUUCGUGCUGGCGUACAAGGUCGGCAACAGCGUGCACCGCGAGCGCAUCUACCACACCCCGAAGACAGACCUGUUCAACCCGGGGUUCCACCUGGCAAAGGCGCAACACAAGGUGCUCUCAUCCCUGCACAGGCUUGUGGAGCACUACACCCAUAGCUCUGGCGACCUACUGUGUCGCCUUCGCGUGUCCAUCGCUCCCGACACCUCGCUCUCCGUUAAGCCGCAGUCGCGCGCAUCCACACGCCGCGCACCACGCACCCUCUCCUGGCUGCACCUUCAAGCGAACGUGAACCCGAGCGAUAUUCUCGGAUCUCGCGGCAGAGGCGCCUUCAUCGUGACGCCAUCGCCGAAAGAGGGCGUGGCUUUCCAGCUCGCGUACAAGAAGGAUCAGGCGAUUGUCACGCGCGACAUUAUGGCGAAGAGCAACGGCAUCUUUGGCGGCUUCUUCCUCAGCGCCGCUCCAAAGGCCCUCUUCCCAACACUGCAGGACCUCGUGAUUCACCAUCAGGAUGCGAGCCACUCGCUGGACUGCACCCUCAACGUGCGCCAGAUGUGCCUCCUUGCUCGUCCGCACACCCUCGCCGCUGCAGACCAGCACACCGGCGCAGCAUGGGCGUGGUGCCAGGUUGGCGUGCCGAGAAGCGAGGCGUUGAAGGAGCUCAAGGGCAAGGCGGCCGGCGCCUUUGUCGUGUACGGGCUGUGCGAUGGCGAUGACGGUGUGCACUUGACGUUUGGGACAGCCGACGGCGACAAGCUGGAGACGGUUGAUGUUGAGGUUGCGCCCAAUGGCAAGUGCAGCCUCCCCGUCUUUGAUGGUGUUGAGGGCGAGAACCUUGAACACAUGCUGGUCACGCUGCUGCAGCACGAGACGCACGGCGCCAAGUUCCUGUGGCCGACACAGCCGCCAACGUCUCGCCUGCGCUCCCCUCGCAUCGUGCGCGCGCCGCCAACGAAGGAGAAGCCCUGGAACUGGUGGCAGCUCGACGCAGAUCCAGAGCAGGCGCUUCAGGAGCUGCGGCUGCGGCGAGAUGGGGCGUUUGUGAUUCGUCGUCAUCCGAGCGGCGGUGCACUUCGCUUUCUCCUCUCGUACAAGUUCCACGAUCGCAUCAUCGAUGAGGAAAUCAUUCGCACCCCCGCAUCAAACAUGUUCUCGCAAGGCUUCAUGCUUGGCAGCGCCCAGCAGCACGUGUACCCGACACUGCAUGCGCUGGUGAAUGCGUGCACGCGGCCCGGCCAGCAGCUCAAGUGCCCACUCCGCGUGUCCAUCCAGCCAGACCCAGACCUGCAACCCCCAGCCGUCACGCCAACGAUGCGGCAGAAGGGGCGCACGUACGAGAGGCUGCAGGCCGCGGUGGAGGGCGGGCAGGAAGCAACGCGCAAGUGGCGUGCACAUGAACAGCCACCCAAGGACGAGGGGGAUGGUGGCGAUGAGGGUGGUAAGCAGGGCGAGGACAUGAGUGCAACCGCCGAUGUCGCAGGGAAGACGCCGGGGACGGACCAGUUUGAAGUGUUCGAGGCGUGAGCCAACUUCAUCGUGGUUCCCCUUUCCCUCGUCACCUUGACAUGAUUUCUCUCGUUUCUUUUGGCGAUUCGUGUUUGAAUGCUUUGCAUGCACGUGAUCGUGUGUUUCCUGUGAGGCUGAGUGCCCAUGUGUGGGUGUUUUGCUUCCUGUUCCGUCGAUUCUUCGCUUCAUUCACCAUCUUUCCAUGUAGUGCGGCCUUAUUGGUUUUGGUUUGUCGUGCUGAUUCCAUGCCGUCCAAAUAUUCUCCUCUCAUUGCCUUUGGUUCUCAAGCUGAGCUUAACCACACCUGUCGGGUGCCCAUCACCAUGUCUUUGUGUUCCGUGGUUGUGUCAGUGGUUAUGUUUGUGUGAUGUGUGUGCGUGUGCUGUUGGCAACACGCCGUCCGUCUGUUUCUCUUUCCGUCUCCGAGUUCUGUCUCUUAUGCAUUCAUCGCUCCCCUCUUUUUUUAUUGCUACUGUCUCAGUUGAAACAUGCACGUGUGCUGCGUGCAUGUAGCGGGUGCUUUGGGUGUGCAAGGUGUGUCUUGCACCCUGUGUGGAUCGAUGACGUGGACUCGAUGUUCACUGCAUAUCCUCUUUAACAUGUACACACGACCGAACAAUGAACAGUCAAGGCACAAGUCAUC